AUGCUCAGUUGUUCAGGGGUUAUCGUCUCAUCCCUUCGGCCUUCGGUCCAGUCAUUGGGUUCAUGUUUGCCGCAAUCGCCUCCGGAGGCAGCUAGAGGGGAGAUCAGGGCUUCUUCUGUCGGCUCGGCGUCCAGCAAGGCCUCCUCGGGGCGCCAACCCGAGGUGAAGGGCGGUAAGAACGCACCGAAGCGGAUGGAUUCACAACGACUAGAGCGAGCAGACAGCAAGAACUCUACAGACGGCGAGCACAGCUGGAUGUCCCUGGCCUGCUGGCCCGUGCCUUUGGGCAGGACGCGCAUUGACGGAUCUGCCGGGCGCCUCGCAGCAUCGGUUCCGGUAAGUUUGCCGGGCACUGCCGUGAUCUUCCGACUAGCAUACAAGCAGCCGGACUGGGUGAAGUGGGGUCUUGCGGUGCGGAAGGAUCCCUGCACCUGGCUGGGGCAAGCGACGCUGCCACUUCUCCUGGGCCUGGAGCCUCCCACGUUGAAGGCUAAGGCGCGCCUCGAGACCAGGAGAAGUCCGGAUUUGGAUCAGGAGGUGGUCCUGGACUGGGCACUCCCAGAGUCUGAGAGAGAGAGCCUAGGCCUGGGCGGUCUGAAAGACCUGCUUUGGACUUGGCAGUAUCGUUGGCGAAUGGAUGAGAAGGAAUGGACUAUGGGACCCGCCGGGUUUGCUGCGAGAGAGACGGUGGUGGAGGGCUCUCAAGGCUUCGAGUCCGGUCCGCUCAAGGGGCCAUGGGGCGCGAGCCUUUCGGGCUCGCGCCGCUUGGAGAUGUCGGUGAGGUAUUCCUCGCAGGAGGGCUUAUCAUCUGAGUGGAGUGGCUGGGGCAGUGCAGCUGUCAUCUUGGGCUUGCCUACUCCUCUUGCCAGUGAGGAACUAGAUGUGGAAGUGAAUGACAGCGACCCCUGCGAAGCGACAGUUCGCUGGAGAGCUUUCCAAAUUCCUGGAUUCCUCGACAGUGAGGUGGAUUACCGUGUCCUUCUCAGAUCUCGACCAGAAUCAUUUUGCAAGGGGAGCAGCCGAUGCACACAGUGGGUACCUUUGCCUGUGGAGACCGACGACGAUGCCAAGCGCAACCGAGUUUGCCUCCUCACGGGGCUCCAGCCCAGCUGCGAGUAUGAAGUUCGUGUGGAGGGCGACCACCGCGUGGUUUUGGGUGAUGGGGCCGAUGGGUUGGGGCCUGUCCCCUGUUACCUUCGCUGGGCCUCGGCAGAGCCCGGCGAGAUGCUUCUGCUGCAAGCGGUUGCUGAGGCACCGCCGUUGAUGGCCGAUGUCUUCUUUCGCCACGGUGCCCCAGCACUCCAGCUGCGCUUUCGAUCCGCCUGCCGCGAGGCCUUGUCGCGCUUCCAGGUUUGCUUCGAGGCGGAGAACGAGGAGCGGAUGAUACUGCCAGCACGUUCUGUGGAUCAUCCUUUCAUUCGGAGGGACGAGGAGAUCAAAGUUUUCCUGGGCCCGGCCAUCUUGGCUCCAGGCCGCUACCGCGUCCGCCUCCGCGCUGCCCCAGCCCUGUCCCCGACGCCGGUGUGGUCGCCGUGGACCGAGGCUGUGGACGCUCUCCUGGAACGGCCGCCACCGCGGCCGAGGGUUGGUGACGAGCUGCGCGUGCGAGAGGGUGUUGCUGCGGGAGCUCCCCAAAGCUUCGGCGAGAUGAUCGCGGCAUUGAGCAGUUGCUGCGUGCAGCUAUCUUGGGACAGCUUCACAUCACAGAGUCUGACGGGCUACCAAGUGGCAGUGUCGUUGGAGUCAGCUCGACACGAAGAUGAUGAUGAGGUCUUCACGCCAGCACCGGCGGGAGCCCUCGCCCUGCGCUGCGCCGCGUGGCUGCGGCGCCUGGCGCCGGAGACAGAGUACCACUUCGCCGUUUCAGCUGCAAACGGCGAUGCGAAAGCCAGGCUUGAAACGGUGUUUUGCACAGGACCCUGCCGGCAUGCCAUAUUGGCACCCCUGAUGCCACCAUCCCUGGCGAAAGAUCCUCAGGAGGCUCUCGAGUCGCUCACGCUGUCGCUGGACCCCCGAGUCGCCACUCGCUCCUCUCAGGAGCUUCUGUGGAGACUGCAGUGGCGGCCGUGGCACAGGUCCGGGGCUACGGAGCCUUGGCGUCCGGCCGCCUCCGUCCAACUCCAACAGGCGGAGGGAACGGAGGGAAAACCGGCUGAGGUGAAGGUGCUUUGGAACCUGGGUGUGGAUGCUGAAGCGAAGUGCCGGCAAGUCCAGCUGCGUUUAUGCUUAGAGGACUCUGCGGCCAAGAACCUGCUCCCGCAGAGCCUUUGGUUCUCACACGUCUCGGAGCCCAUCACCACGAGCUUCGAAGCGCCGCUGCCUCCAACGCUGACGUUGGCGUACCUGUGCAACCAGCUCGUGGUGCAGGUGGAGGCGCCACGGUGUCCUGGGUGCCCUGGACCUGGCGACCGUCUUGCUUGGGAUCAAGUGCAGCGGUGUCAAGUCAAGUUUCGAGGACAGCUUCGCGAAGGGAUCCGGAUCGCAGACUGCCAGGCAAAGCCGCAAAGCCUCACCCAAGGCCAGGUACCGGCGGCAAAGGUUUGCUUGUCCAUCCCCAUAUCCGAGUUGCCUUCUGAUGGCUUCGAGUAUUCCGCUGCUGUUCGUGUGGGUGAUGUGAGCCUCUGGUCAUGCUGGAGCGACUUCGGCGAUGUUCUAUGCAUGAAGCAGCCUGCUGUCUGGUCAUCCGAUGGCGAGCUUUGGGUAUUUGCACCAGUCAAUCACAAGGUGACUCUGGCCUGGAGGCCUCUUUGUUGUGGUCUUGGUGCUGUCCCCAUUGACAUUGCAGUGACGAUCGUCAAGGUUGAUGCCACGAAGGACGAGGUCCUGCUGGGAAGAUGCGGCAGGACCGCGCGCCACCUUGCGAGCACUGCUAGCGGCCAGAACGCCCCCAGCGACCAGGGUGAACAGGAUCACUUGGAGGUAGCUGCUCAUGGAUUCCAGCCGGGUGUCGUCUACGAAGUCCUCCUCUACGCUCAGGCCCUGCUGCCACAGCUUCAAAGCCCUCAAGAUGCCUGGUCUUUGCCACUCGCACGGUCUAAGCCGUUCCAGUGGCCAAAUGUCUCGGAAGAAUGGUGCUGCCUUGUUGACUGGGCCCUUCCGCGGCCACAGCAGAUGCUUCUGCCAGAUGGGGCCCUCGAGGAGUCCAGCCCGCGAUGGAAGAGAUCGGUCCUUCUCUCCUGGCCAUCCAUUGAGCAGCUGAGCCUGGAAGUCCGGGAGGAGAACCCGCUCGUGCAUCAGGUCCUGGGCUGGAAGAAGACGGCAUGGGUUCGUACUCGGUUCAACGACGCCGAUUAUGUCGCGGUCUUUGACUUGCCUUGUGACCUCGGCAACCUCGUCCGCUUUCGGUGGGUGGACAGAGCCUGCGGAUCAGUCGGGCCAAGCAGUGAUAUUUGCAUCGCCCACCUCCCUCCGCCAAAACUUUCGGUAGAGCCCAUCGAUCGUACUGGGGCUUUGCGGGUGCGCCUGACUGCAGACACCGAUGCCCCUAUGGCACCGGUGGCCACAUUCUUGCAAGUACGCUUCCGAACCACAGGCGGGCGACCCGAACCAUCAACAUGGUCACCGGGCAUCCUCUUUCCUUUACCUUUGCAGCGCAAGUUUACGGUGGACGUUUCUGAGACCCAUGGGCUGGUGUCAGGGAAGAUCUACGUUUUUGCAGCACAGCUGCUUUCAACCACACGGCGGUCUCAAUGGUCAGCCGACACGGUUCCUCUGAGCUUGAAGCUACCGGCAAUCACAGUGCCCGGCGGAGAGCUCACGGUGCAUGCCAAAAGUGUCACAUCAGUGACCUGUUCGUGGCCAAAGCUGUCUUCGACUUGUGGCUCUUUUGAAAUCGAAUUCAGGCUGGAUGUCUUCAAACAGCUGCUGGACGGCCUACAGCAUCAAACGUCGGUAUUGGUGGACUGCGACGAUGGGAAGUCGCUUUGUGAGGCCACCGUGUUCAACCUGCAAGCAUCCACGGAGUACGUGGCACAGCUGUCACUGCGUCUCACGCGCAGGGGCUCACGCAGGUGGCAAACCACGGGCCUCUCCACCAGUUUCAUUGCGCCGGGCCCAUCGUGA